GUUUCUUGGUCUAUAACGUCGUCGCACGAGGCGAGCUGACGUUCCAGGAUGAGAUUAUCACAAACAUCCUCGCCCUGCACAAGCGUCAUUUCGGCGAGGAAAAUUGCGUCAUGUACAAAUGUCAUUCGAUUAGAAAUUUUGUGUUAAUGUGCCGGCCAAGCGGCAUGCCAUCCUCUGAAGACCUUUCAACGGAG